AUGUUUCUAUCAGUAUUAUUUAUGGCUCCAUUCACUAGGGCCCAUCCAACUAUCUUUACGCAAUACAAUGGAGGACUCGAUGACCAACAACCAGUUAUCAAGCCACCAUUUAGACAUUCAAAUGGACAAGAAACCUCAGACGAUGAUUUAGUCACAUUUUUAAUCAUAUCUUCCAUAACGUUUGCGUCAUUAGUGGUGGUUAUACUAUUAUCAUUAGUAAUCUUUUGGGUUGUAAAGCGAUCACGACAGCUAUCUCAGGACGAACUUGACAGGGAGGAGGAAAACCAAGCGUAUUUGGAAUUGAAUUCUGAUGAACAAGAACUAUAUUUUCAAUCCAAAGAGUUUUUAACAAAUAGUCCGUACUUGGUGGGUGAUUUAACCUUGAGUCAAGAAUUAUCGAUACAGGAAAAAGGUAUAACGGCAUUUGAAUUCCAAAAAGAUGUGGUUUUGACAAAUAACGAUUUGAUGAUUCUCAACAAAUAUGAGUUGAAUUUUUUUCAAAACUUUGAAUGUUCAACUCAAACGAAUUUACCGAUUCCAAUGAAAAAUGAGGUGUAUUAUUUCGAAUCUAAAAUAUACUCGUUACCUAACCCUGAUGAAACAAUAAUAUCUAUUGGUUUAAGUAUCAAGCCAUACCCAUGGUUCAGAUUACCUGGAAGACACCCACACUCUAUUUGUUACGACUCGAAUGGCUAUCGAAGACAUAAUCAACCAUUCCCAUUCACUAACGACCCGCCAUUUCCCAAAUUGGUCGAAGGCGAUGUAAUCGGGGUUGGUUAUAGAACCCGUUCGGGAACAGUGUUUUUCACACGUAAUGGUAAGAAGAUAAGUGAAUCCAAAUUGGGUGGGCAUGUCAAGAAUUUCAAAAUUUCCAACAAGGGUCAACUCUUUCCCACCAUAGGUGCCAACAAUGUUUGUUCUGUACAUGUUAAUUUGGGACAAAUGGGAUUUGUAUUUAUUGAAGGGAACGUCAAACAUUGGGGUUAUGCACCACUAGAGGGAAAUGGACCAGCUCCUCCUGUCUACAAUAAAUACAAUUCUGAUAUUUUGCUAGAAAGAUCAGAGAUAGACGAUGAUGAUUUGAGUGAAAGAGAAAAUGAUUUCCCACCAGAUUUUUGGGCUAUUAAUGGAAGCGAAAAUGAAGCUGCUCGUACUGUGUCUCCUCAUGCUUUAGAUCAAGAUAAAUUCAGUUACAAUGCAUAUUCAGAGGUCAACUCGAACGAUGAGAGAAUCACAUUGGCUAGUUUGGUUCCUCCUGUCAAGCCACCAUCCUAUAAUGAAGAGUUGGAAGAAGGUAACUCGAGCAGUACAAUUAAUCCUAUGUUACCUGAAGAACAAAAGCAAACCGAAGAAGAUAAAAAGAGUAAUGACAGGCAUAGUUCUGAGGGUGUUGCCGAUGCUGAAGACAACCAAAAUAUAGAUGCAGAGGUUGUGGAAAAUGAUGAAGUUAUAAACGACGCUACCCAAGCAGAACCAUUUGAUAUAACAGCUGAGAAUUCUAACACUGUGGAGGCAGACAGUAUAAAUAUCAAUCAAACUGCAGAUGUAGAUAAUGACACUCCUGAGUAA